AUGGUAUAUACAAACUCCAGGAUAACAGAUACUUUACAUUCCUGUGGUGAUACAUUUUUUUCCCAAGAAAUUCUUCAAUCAAGUAAUAGUCCUCUUCAAUCUAUGUGCAUAAAAUCACAGCGAUCGAAGAAUUUGAAUUUACCGGGCUCUUCGAUCGCAAAGGUACAUUCUGAACAUUUGCAUCAUUCUCAAAGCACGCAAACGAACUUACGGAUUUUAAAUAAAGCUGCUAAAUCAGAAGAAUGGGUUGUACGACGUACCAGAAGUGGUCAUAUUUAUGGAAAAUAUCCUAGUUUUAGAACACGUCAGUAUAAAGAGCUACACAGUCGGUACUCGGUCCCACGUGGAAUAGACAUUGGAUUUAAAUCUAGAAGAAAUUAAAAUAUUUCAAUAACCAUGGUGU